CAUUGACUCUAUCGCGCUUGCCCCCCUCCUCUUGCGCAUCGUUUGUGUACAUCUUGACGUGACUUCUUCAUGGAUUCCUCAGAACUCUUCCAUGUCAAGCAGCAAUUCCUCCUCGUCGCUCGUCGACCUGACGCUGCCCACCCCAACUCGCCCGACUACACGCCGACGCUCGUGUACAAGGCGCGGGCCUACAUCGCUCUGGACGACCCCAAGCCUGUGCAGGCCCUCGUCCCCGCAGACGCGGAGGAGGUCUCCCUGAAAGCCGUAUCCGCCUUGGCACGCUACGUCGGCGCUACGAGCCCGGAGGACAAGGAGGGCUCACUCGAGGAGCUGCGGGACCUGUGUGUCGAGAUCGAGGGCGAGGACGUGGACGCGACGCCCAAGGAGAAGGGCACGGUGCGCGUGCUCGCGGGCACCGCCUUCGCGCUCGCGAACGAGGUCGAGGAGGCUCUAGAGACCCUCGGCGUGGGCACGAACACGGACAACCUCGAAGCCGUCGCGCUCACGGUGCAAAUAUACCUCUCGAUCAACCGGCCCGACCUCGCGCGGAAGGAGUUCGAGCGCGCGAAGAGGUGGGCGGGGGACGACAUGCUCGUGCAGCUCGUCGAGGCGUUCAUCGGCAUGGUCACCGGCAAGGACGGCUACCAGGACUGCAACUCGUUCUACGACGAGCAGCUCGGCAACCCGUCGCUCACGUCCCCGCACCUCCUCACCGCGCGCGGCAUAACGCGGCUGCUGAGGGGCGAGGUUGCGGGUGCGAAAUCCGACCUUGAGGAGGCGGUGUCGCAGCACGGCGGUAAGCCUGAUGCAGAGACACUCGGCGCGAUGACCGUCGCUGCUGGUUUGAGUCAGUCAAAAUCGACCGAGACAGAACAACUGUGGGCUCAACUCAUCACCGAGUACCCGAGCCAUCCCAUGGUGCUUGACCUUGCGCGGAAGUCGGAGCAGUUCGACGAGCUGUGCAUGAAAUUCCCUGUGCCGCCCAUUGCGACGGCUGCAUGAUGUCGAAUUCUGUAUGGUCAGAAUUCCUAUUCAUCCCGUUGUAUCGAUGCUGCGGGUGACGUCUUCGUGCUUCCAUUGCAUCCUGAGAACCUGCAGCUGCCAUGCGUCCGCAUUCGCUCUCCCCCUUCAUAUGUCUCUGUUCAGAAGGCCCGACAGUAGCGCGAGAACGGGCGGCAUGAAAUACAGUCAAGCUUUCAACGUG